AUGGCUAGUACAAGUGCAUCCUCUCAACGUCGAUGGACAUAUGAUGUAUUUGUAAGCUUUAGAGGUGAAGAUAUCCGUAAAAGCUUCAUGGAUUAUCUCUUCAAAGAUUUCAAACAAAAAGGAAUUAAUGCUUUCAGAGAUGAUGACGAAAAGCUGAGAGGAGAAGAGCUGCCUCCUGAACUGUACAAAGCCAUUGAAGAAUCAUGGUUUUUGAUAGUUGUCUUCUCCAAAAAAUUUGCAUCUUCGUCAUGGUGUUUGAGGGAACCCACAAAAAUCCUCGAGUGCAAGCGAGCAGGGGAGCCCAAACAUGAGGUCCGAAUUCUAUUUUAUGAUGUAAAGCCUGAYGUAGUGAGGAAACAAACUGGGAGCUAUGCGGAAGCCUUCAUCAAACAUGAAAGUUCAAAUACAACCGAACAGGAAAUGGACUUGUCACGCUUCACUAGACCGGGUAAGGUGCACAUGCUUGGAAUAUGUGGUAUUAGCGGUGUAGGGAAGACAACUCUUGCCAAAGCUAUUUAUGACAAGAUGUGUAURGACUUUAYGGGAUGCUGUUUUUUUGAAAAUGUCCAACGAGUAGCAAAACAUAAAAGCAUAACUGAAGUCCAAAUGCAAAUUAUUAAUAGCAUCUUGAAAACAAGACUUGAAACGUUAACGAAUGUGARUGAUGGAAUCAAGUUAAUAAAGGAGAGGAUGGCAUCUAUGCCGAUCUUGCUUGUUCUGGAUGAUGUGGAUGAUCGGGAGCAAUUAAAAGCAUUAGCCGGUUCCCAUGAUUGGUUUUGCCCUGGAAGUUUUAUUAUUUUCACCGGUAAAGACAAACAGUUGCUAAGGUCUCAUGAAGUAGAUAACAUUCAUGACAUGUCAUUUUUACCGAUUCAUAAAGCCAAGGAGCUUUUUCAUUUGUAUGCUUUUCGCCAUAAGCAUCCAACAGGGGAUUUCAUGGUGCUCUCUGACCACGUUCUGAAGUGUUUGCAAGGGCACCCAUUGGCUCUUAUAGUUUUGGGUAGUCAUUUGUAUCGCAAGUCUAUGGAUGUGUGGCAAAGCGAAGUGGAUAUACUCCAAAAAUAUCCUGAUGCAGAGAUACAAGAAAAGCUUAGACCAAGUUUUGAUGCGCUAGACUUCGAUAAGAAAAACAUAUUUCUUGAUAUCGCCUGCUCGUUCAUUGGGGAAGAUAAAGAUUUGGCAGUAAGUGUACUAGGAAGCAGUGCACAUGCUAAUAUCGAGGUUCUACUAGAUAAGUCACUUAUUACAAUAUCUCGUGAUAAUAAUUCACUUCAAAUGCAUGAUUUGAUUCAAAGCAUGGCAAGGAGAAUUAUAYAUGAGGAAUUUGUGGUAAAGGAAGUGUGGAGCAGACUAUGGAAUUUAUCAGAUUUCCGUAAUGUAUUGAGCAAAAAUAAGGCAAUAGAAGGAGUGGAAGUUCUUGACCUUUCUCUAGAGCAAUCUAGUCAAAACGUUCACAUAGACGGUGAAGCUUUUGAAGAUAUGAAAAAUCUGCGGAUCCUAAAAAUUUCUUAUGGGGAACUCAUAAACUUUUGGGAGGACUCUAAGGUGAAUUACUCUGGANAAGCUUUUGAAGAUAUGAAAAAUCUGCGGAUCCUAAAAAUUUCUUAUGGGGAACUCAUAAACUUUUGGGAGGACUCUAAGGUGAAUUACUCUGGAUGGUUGAAAGCUUUAUCGAAUGAGUUAACGUUGCUUUAUUGGAAUGGAUGCCCUUUCGAGUUCCCUUUGGAUUUUUAYCCAGAAAACAUUGUGGUCAUUGACUUGUCUUACAGCCACUUAAAAACUCUUUGGACAACACCUAAGUGUUUUGCAAGGUUGAAAGUGAUGAAGCUAAAGCAUUGUCAUAACCUAACAAGUACCCCUGAUUUCACAAGUAUUACAAAUCUCGAAGAGUUAAUUCUUGAAGGUUGUAUUAACUUGGUCAAAGUCCACCCAUCUUUUGGAAUGCUCAAGAAGCUUGUUGUUCUAAAUAUGAGAUAUUGCGAACGUUUUAGGAGAUUCCCCUACAAAGUCGAAAUGGAUUCUCUUGAAGUUGUGAAUCUCUCGGGUUGCUCAAAACUGGACAAACUUCCUGAAUUCUUUAGCACAAUCCAGACGUUGAAGGAGUUCUCUAUUGAUGGAACCGCCAUAAUUGACCUUCCUUGUUUUGUUUUCUCUCAAUGCAACCUUCAAGUACUGAAAAUUGGUCGACGUGAAGAGAAGCGGUCUAGACGGUGGGCUUCAAUUUAUCAACAUUCAUGGUUACCAAGUAAGAUACAACAUCCCCAAAAAAGUCUAGUAAUGUCUUCAUUCGUGGAUUUACGUUACUUACGAGAAUUAAAUAUUAGCGAUAGCAAUAUAUUGGAAGUGUCUGAUAGCAUUGGAGGCUUAUCAUGUCUAGAAUCUCUACACUUGGAAGGGAACAACUUUACUAGCUUACCUGGAUGUCUGAGUCAACUUCAUCGCCUUAUAUGUUUUUACCUUUAUGGUUGCAAGAAGCUGGAAAUGCUUCCAGAACUUCCACCUAACCUUCUGAUUCUUAAAGCAUAUUGUUGCACCUCCUUGCAUUUACCUAGCAAUUUUAAUAUUCAAUCAUCCUUAUCCAUGAGUUUUUUCGGUUGUCCAAAAUUGUUAAGGAAUGUUAGUAUUGAAAGCCAAUUUUAUAUCUGUCAGCCUCCACUUGAUCUUAACUCAUCUAUAACCUCCCACAAUUUUAGAAACCAAAUUUCUUCUUUGCUUCAAUUUAUGGAGUUCCCCAUUAACACACGUGGAAUCUUCGGUGGACAAGACAAUUUCCAUUUGGAUAUAAAAUAUCAUGGAAAUAGAAUUCCACAAUGGUUUACAGAUACAAGUAUGGGAAAUCACUUACAGUAUGAUUUGCGUCCAAAUUUCUGCUACAACAAGUUGAGGGGAUAUGGAUUAUGUGUUGUUUUGACGCUGAAAAAGUCUUAUUAUGAUCACUUCAGUUACAACAAUUUACCAUACUAUCAUGUGGACAACUUUGAUGGGACUUCUUUGGGUCACCUCUAUCAAUUUAUAUAUGGUUCCACUGAAAUCCCUAAGUCAGAUAUCAUAUGGUUUUGUUUUGAGACUCGAGUUUAUCAUGAAUGGCAGGAGGCAAAGAAUUUUGUUACUUUUUGGUUUGAAGAUAAUGAUGAUGUUGAGGUAAAAGAAUGUGGUUUUAGACUUGUUUUUGAUGAAGAUAUAGAAGAAUAG